GAAGAACAAGACAUUUCAAAUCCGAACCUUAAGAGGGUUGAGCCUUCGACGCAUGUUUUAUUAUUCAUAUUAGAGCGGCGCGGGUUCGUGUUCUCGAAAUUGAACCUUGCCAUUCUGUAGAAGCUUUUAUAACUUCACUGGGUAUUCAGAAGGAUAUAUAGGGAAGAGACCUGUUACCUCGAGGCUUUAUCGGGCGCUCGUGACAGAUAAUAUCUUAACUCCUCGGUGUACCGCCUUUGCACUGCUUGAUCAUUGUCGCUCUAUGUUUGACCUCUUUCCUUGACAGAUAUACGUUUUCUUCCGCAACUUCAUCAUAGAAGCCAACUAUGAGAUGUGAGAAUUGAAGUCGAUGAAAUACAGUCUUUCAAGCUGCGCACGCGAAAGAAAGCAAGCAUUUGGGGCAGUAUGGGACGCAAAGCUGGUUCUCCGAUAAGACCGGGGUCAUGAUGGCUUGUAUACGGUUUGUUGCAGAAUGUUUCAGGUCACCCACACCACGCCCUAGUGCUUACACUGCCGUCUGGCUACCUGACGUGAGCCGGAGCUGACCCAUGUAAGUCUCUUCUCCCGAACGUUCGUGUUCACCCUUCCUUUUUCUCUUUUUCUCUUUUCUACCAUCCAUUUGUUCCGGACUUACGUUUCCCAUCGAUUCGUAACUUACGAGGCGUUCAACGCCAUAAUAAGACUUUUACGAACUCGAUCACGGUCUUACUGUUCCUCGGUACAGACCCAUUCACCACCUUACAAGUAGACAUGAUGGUGUCAUCCAUGGCGCGCGCCGUUGCGGUCAUGACUUUGGUUGUACCCAUUGUGGCGGGAGGAGCCAUCAGUAACAGGGACGAUGCACCUGUGUUCAGCCCUCAGAGGGUUAACAUCCCGCUUGGAUUUGGUGCGGCGGGGCAGUACGUCAUGCCAGUCAAUAUGGCCACAGGCGAUAAUACUCAGAACUUCAAUUUCACGUUGGCCAUGAAUUCUGGUUUGACCUAUGUUGCAGGGCAAGGGUGUUCGACAUGCAGCAAUAUUGCGUUAUAUGAUCAAAGUCGUUCCACCACCGCACAAGCGUUAAACGCGAAUGCUACCACGAACUUCCUCACAGAUACAUCGUCUGGUCCCGUCAUCAAAGAGACAUGUUCAAUCCAAACUUCGAAUGGAUCCAACUGGGUGUACCCCAAUCAAACAGUGGUCGUGAUCCAAAACCAGCAAGCGAAUGGCUUUGGUCAACUCCUGGGCGGCUUCACCGGGGUUUCCGGUAUAGUUGGUCUCGGCACGAAUCUCAAUUCACAGCCUUCCUCUUCUGGGGGUGGAUUCCAAGCUGCAUUUGCCGAUUCCAUUUACGGCCAAUGGUUGAACCGUAACCCGACAGCGUCCAACUUUAGUUUCGGGAUGGCGCUCUCUCCUCCAGCCGUUAGAAGGAACAAUGGUUCCACUGUUCCUUCAGAUGCAGCGGGAACGAACGCUGGUGUUCUCAACUGGAUGCAACCUGAUUCCUCGAUGUACAAAGGAGAUCAGAUUACUUUCAAACCUGUUGACAACUCUGCUAAUGGCGGAGCUGCAGGGAAUAGUGGGAGCCCUCCAAGCAACGCUCCGUCUUCGGAAUGGUCGCUUUCCCUGGAUGGCUGGGUGUUCGCUGAUGGCGAUAAUCGCAUCUCGAACACGAGGUCGGUCGUAGCAGAUGUUGAAGCGCUGUACACGGAGCUUUAUUUCCCUCAAGACCAAGCGACCUUGCUUCAUGCUGCCAUUAAAGGGUCUUCUUUGCAGCCAAAUUUGGGCUCUCUGGGUCCCACUAUUUCUCGGGCCUGGACCAUCCCCUGUGAUGCUCAGUUUAGCUUCGGAUUCGUUGUCGGAAGCCAAACUUUCACACUGGAUCACAACUCCUUGGUAAUUAGGGAGAGCGACGGAACGUGUGUAAGUGCAAUUGAGGCAUGGGCGGAUCCAAACCAGACCAAGUAUCUCUUGGGUUCUUCAUUCAUUAGUUCCAUCUACCUCAUCUUCCAGAUUAACCGUGAUGGAACGCAAGUCGUCGGCUUUGCGCCAUUCGCCGACCCACCUAAGAAGUCAUCUCACACUGGUGCCAUCGUAGGCGGUGUCAUCGGCGGAGUCGCAUUCCUCGUCAUCGUCGCCCUUUCUGCCUUUUUCCUGUCCCGCUAUUACCAUCGCAAAUCCACUUUGGGUACAUUCGAUCCUCAACUCGACGAAACCAAAGCUCCGACACCUUAUACCCUUGGUGCUCCUACAGGCGAAGUCUCGAUAUACACACCUAAUGGUGCUUCUGCCAAUGCAGCGAGACAGUCAUAUUUGCCUGUUUCGGCUGGUACUUCGGUUACGGAUCCUCUAUUUGCCAAUGCCAUGUCGGAGAGCUCUCAGUAUGCUCCUGAAUUAAUCUCUCCUCCUGCGUAUGAUGCAUCUGAGGCGAGUUUCGCGGCUGCGAACCCUGGAGUUGCGCAUAAUAGGGUGAUUAGGGAGAAGGGCGGCCAUUCAGUUUGGCAGGCGUCAAAUCAUGAGGAUCCUUCUGCUGGUAGUUCCUCUACUUGAGGUGAUAAUGCGUGUUUGCGAUGGAGAUGGUUGUCCAAUUCGCAUAGGGACGUUCUCAGGUUGCUUUCGUCGCUUUUUUGUGGUUCUUGUAGUUUCCCAUUUUCAAUCGCAGUUAUCAUAAUGGACUCCUUCGCUCAACAUCUAUGCACUCCUUCUACACGGGUAUUUAUUCUCGUAAUGCGCCUUCCCGCCGAACGCGAAUACAUGCAACCGCAAUGUACAGAAAUUAAAUCUAGAGAUAAUAAGUCAUCCGAAAAAACUCUAAUAUUUGUUGCGCCUUUACGAUCAUCCAAUGACGAACGUAUCAUUGACGCUUCAGGAUUCAAGCUCGACGUUGAACGCCUCGACACCGUAUUGAGCCA